UAUAUAAGCGCCGCUUCCGGCGCCGGGCUGGUUGGCGGCGAGGCGGCAGCAGCGGCGGUUCUGCCCGGAGGGCUCGCGAUGUGCGUCCCAGGCUUAAGCUUGAAGAAAUCGGGUGCGUUCCUCAAAGCCUUGAAAGGGGAACCGCGCUACCUCUUGGCCCAGAAUGUGGCUACGUCAACGGACCUGCUGGACGGAAGCCUCGACCGGGAGGUUCUCCAGAACACCCUGCAGGUCUUCCAACAUGCAGUCCCAGCCGAAGGAAAACCGGUCACCAACCAGAAGAAUUCAGGGCGCUGCUGGAUCUUCUCCUGCUUGAACGUCAUGCGGCUGCCAUUCAUGAAGAAGCUGAACAUCGAGGAGUUUGAGUUCAGCCAGUCCUACCUCUUCUUUUGGGAUAAGAUCGAACGCUGCUACUACGGCCUCCACGCCUUCAUCGACACCGCGCAGGAGCCCGUCGACGGGCGGCUGGUGCAAUUCCUGCUCACCAACCCUUGCAACGAUGGCGGCCAGUGGGACAUGCUGGUGAACAUCAUUGAAAAGUACGGCGUGGUUCCCAAGAAGGUUUUCCCCGAAUCCAGUACGUCCGAGACCUCCAGACGGAUGAACGACAUUCUGAACAACAAGAUGCGGGAAUAUUGCCUCCGGCUACGAAACAUGGUAGAGAGCGGAUGCAGCAAAGAGGAACUUUCGGCAGCCAUCGACACCAUGAUCGAGGAGGUGUUCAGAGUCGUCAGCAUCUGCCUGGGGAACCCUCCCACCACCUUCUGCUGGGAAUAUUACGACAAGGAGAAGAACUAUCACAAGAUUGGGCCCAUCAGCCCCGUGAAGUUCUACCAAGACCACGUCAAACCGUUGUUCGAUAUGGAGAGCAAGGUGUGCCUGGUGAACGAUCCUCGACCCCGGAAUAAAUACAAUCAGCUUUACACGGUGGAGUACCUGGGCAACAUGGUGGGGGGCAGGAAGACGCUUUACAACAACCAGCCGGUGGAGCUAUUGAAAAAGAUGGUGGCCGCGUCCAUUCAGGAUGGAGAGGCUGUGUGGUUCGGCUGCGACGUUGGGAAAUGUUUUAAUAGCAAGCUGGGCAUCAACGAUUUGAAGAUAUAUAACCAUGAGUUGAUGUUCGGGGUGUCAGUCAAGAACAUGAAGAAGGACGAGCGGCUGAUUUUCGGGGACUCCAUGAUGACGCACGCCAUGGUCAUCACCGCCUUCACGAAGAAAGAGGAACCGGACGAGGGCUACGAGAAGUGGCGGGUGGAGAAUUCGUGGGGUGAAGACCGUGGGAAUAAAGGUUACCUACUCAUGACGGACGACUGGUUCUCGGAGUUCGUGUACGAAGUGGUCGUCGACCGCAAACACGUCCCGGAGGAGGUCCUGGAAGUCUUGCUACAGGAGCCCACUUCCCUGCCCGCCUGGGAUCCCAUGGGGGCUCUGGCCCACUGAGCCGUCGCCGGAAGGAGGGGACAAAGCCCCCCCCCCCUGCUCUUUCUGGGUCAACUCCCAAGCCGGCGGGAGCCCCCUCCUCCCCCGGGCGGUCUGCAACCAAGCCAUUGGGGGGGGGGGGAGAAAGUUCCCAGCUAGAGGUGCUAACAUUCACACAUACGCCCCCCCCUUUUCAAAAGGCGCCAUCCACCUCUGGAGGGGAGGGGGUUUUCUCCUUGCAUCGGCAUCUCUUCAUUGUAAUACAGAGUCACCUUUCUUUUUCUAAAAAUGGCUUUUUAAACUCAUCCUAAUGCACUCAUUUUAAAACGGGGAAGGGGUUCUUUUGGACACGCUGCACACACACACAAAGUGGGGGGCGGGGGAAUGGACAUUUUAGUAAGGCUCUUUCUAAACCAGAAAUGGAGGGUUGAUUUUCACCAUCAAAUUGAGGUGCACGGUUUGGGGGGGGACACCUGGGACUUUGCCCUGCUGCCUUUUUGGGGGGAUAAGAUUCGGGGGGUGGGCGAGGCGGGUCUGUUAAUCCUGUCAUUUCUACCUGUCCCAUCUUUUUCCGGACUGGUUUUCUACAACCUGGUGCCUCCCGGCUGUCCGAUUUCCUUCACCGAAUUUUUGUUCAAAAGCCAAAAGAAUCUAUAAGGAAUAGACGUCCGGACCGAUAACUGGACAGUCGCGAUGGGUCUUAGCUGAGGGCACCAGGUUGGAGAAGGUGGGUUUUCUUUUUUCCUUUUGCUCAACAGGAUUCUAGUCAGUGGGAUCCCCUCUUGGUGGGGUCUCCCUUUAGCGAGAUCUCCCCUUCCCCACCAGGGAGGCAGAGCGAACAAGAGGCCCACCCGCCCCCAACGAAAGGGAAGCGUUGACAAAAUAAUAAUAAUAAUAAUAAAUAAACCGCAUUUCGUAUGCCCUCAACAACUCUUAUGGUGCUAUGAAGUAUUUUAAUUAAAACACUUGCCUGAAAGAC